AUGAGUGCUACCUACCACGCCCCUCAACUCGUCGCCUACGACAGCCAUGUCCUCCCUUCAUAUCCCUCUGCUGUCGCCCAAGCCAGAGGUCCUAAGGCGGUCAUGGCCGACUCAGCGAGGGCUCCUCAGUAUUCUCGAUACUCCCAACCGACGACAUCAUACUCCCAACCCAGCAGCCGGCACCAGUAUUCCACAACCUCCCGGCACUCAACUCGCCCGUCCACGCCAACAUCGGGCGCUAUCGGCAAGUCGGAUGGCACUGCAUCACGCAAGGGCUCCUCAGCUCUGGUCCUGCACAGCCUGUCGAUACCAAGCUGCAUCAACCCCAAGGGCGGCAAUUUGGCAGACUUUGCGGCUCAGAUUACGUGCCUCUUCUGGUUCGAGUCGAUAGAGACCCUGCGGGCAGCUGAGAACAUUCGAUCCCGACCGCCAACCGCCACGUUGCCCCGUCUGACCGAGUGCGCGAUUCCGUUUUCUCAAUUCAAGAAGUGGGCCUACAGCGUGCUGUCGACGACGCAAGUAACACAGAAUGUUAUCCUGCUCGCUCUGCUCUUCGUCUACCGUCUGAAGACAACGAAUCCUUCGGUCAAGGGCCGGUCGGGCAGCGAGUAUCGUCUCUUGACGGUUGCUCUGAUGCUGGGCAACAAGUUCUUGGAUGACAACACCUACACCAACAAGACCUGGGCCGAGGUGUCUGGCAUUACAGUGCAGGAAAUCCACGUCAUGGAGGUCGAGUUCCUUAGCAACAUGCGCUACAGCCUGCUGGCAACCAAGCAGGAGUGGGAGGAGUGGCUUGUCAAGCUGUCCUGCUUCUCAGAGUACUACGAGAGGGCCCAGAAACAACCCACUUCACCGUUGAACAAAUCGUUCACCUCGCCGGCCCCCUCGCCCACUGCCACCAUCCAGUCCGCCGUCUCGUUUCCGCCUCUUACGCCUUCCGCCACAAACGUCUUCUCACCAACCGCCACUGUCCAGAACACGACCCAAGCAUGGCCCUCGACAUACCACAACCCCUCAGUGUCUCCACUUUCUGGCAAGCACGUUCCGGGUAUGAACUGCCGCAAGAGAAGCUCGGAGGACGAUGCGACGGAGCCCCCGGCAAAGCGACUUAGCAGACAGCCCAACACGAUGCCUCCAGUCGCUCGGCCCCAAGUGGUCGGCGAGCAACCCAUGCGUCUCCCGGUUCCCAAUCUCUCGCUGAACACCAACCCCGCUUCGGCACAGGGCCAGAUGUACCCAGGCACGACUUCUUACGCGGCGCAGCAACACGUCUCGCUGCCGCCUCUGACCAACGGCGUCCGCGCCAUGGCGACGGUGUACACUCCUGCCACAACAGUCCCGAUGCCGCAGCUGCCCAUGCCGACCACGACUUCGAUGCCCCAGGCCUCGCUUACGCCGUCGAACGUCUCGAUGCACGGCGUUAUGGGAUAUGGCACCCCGACCAAGAGGCACAGCCCCGGGAGCCUGUCGGUGUAUGCCUCAUCGCCACUGGGAGAGCAGUUCCCAACAUCGGUCAUGCACACCCCGAUGGUACACACGCCCAUUUCGCACUCACCAAGCGUAUACCUUCAGCAGCGACCGAGCCCGUACAAGCCUAUCAGGCACGUCAACACACUUCUGUACCCCCCGCCAUCGGCGUCUCUUAACGAGUACCACCUGCCCACGACGCAGAUGCACUACCAACCUCUUGGACGGCGGAACGACCUGCGAACCGGCGUUGUCCCUGAGUUUAUGCACGCCCCCUACCGGUUGAGCGCGCAAAUGCCGCAAAUGCCACACGGUCUGCCGCAUGGAUCAUACCCGAACUAG